ACCAACUGUCGUGUGUAGUGAAACGGAAAUUCUACAUGUUUGAUGAAGAAAAAAUUCAUAAAAUUAAAAAAAUUAAUGAAUAGUGUGAAAGUUUAAAUUACACAGUCCCAAAUUUCUAAGCAUAUGUAUAUGAGAUCAUAUACACAAAUAAAGAAAGAUCUAUAACUAACAGAUCUUUAAAAUCAAGUAAAUGUUUAAAUUAAAAGAAGCCAUUGAAUCUGCACAGCAAAAGUUUUUAUUGCGCCAUAGAUUAGUAGUAACCUGUUGAAAUUGUGAAAUGUGAAAAAAGAGAAAUCGUCUCUCUAUUUAUGGAACAAGUGUAAAUGUUGUGAAAAUUGUAUAAACAAGUGAAAAAAUCAAAACAAAAAAUAAACUAAACUAAAUAAAAAAAGAAUUAUUUAAAGUCCACAACAAAACAUCUAAUGGGGUUAUCCCAGAGAAUUGCGUUUAUCUAAGCAUUUAAAAAAAUUUAUAUAAACACAUUAUUAAAAUAUUAACUUGUUUUUACUGUUGUGAGUUUUAUUUACGGAAUCCUACUCAACGCAACAGUUACGUACGCAGUUAUAAGCUGUUAAGGCCGCCCAGAGGUGCACUACCAGAGGUAAAGGUGCAGGUGGUCGUGACACAAUGCAGUCACUAAAAUUCAACUUAUUUAUGGCUGUUAUUGCGGUUGGAAUAACAGUUGUUUUUGUUAAACCAGCAUCAAGUCAAGGGCAUGCUCAUGUAAACAGUCCGCCCAUAUUAGUUGUGCCAGAUCGCAAUUGGCGAAUAUCGGAAACGGAACCAGUUGGCCAAAUAAUUUCACGAAUUCGUGCAGAUGAUUCAGAAAAUGACGAGUUAAUAUUUGGAUUGGAACCAGCGUAUAAAGGAACAGUUAAUCCAUUUCGUAUUGAUCCAAUCGGUGGAGUUGUUUAUCUAAAUGAAAGUCUUAUCGGACGGGGCGGGGAAAACUUCUUUCUCUAUAUCACUGUUACGGAUGGACAAUUGACAGCAAAAAAUGAAGUAUUUGUUAAUAUUUUAUCAGCAAAAGAUGAUCGAGGUCGUGGGCCGAGACCACCGCCACCAUCCAUAUCAAAUGUUGUACAAAAUAUAUCACACUUUUUACCAUCCUUUGAUCGCUUGCCAGGAGUACAGUCGAUCCGUAAUCAACAGCCCAACAGAAGACCAUCUAAUAUUCUUCCACCAGGUUUUAAUAAUAUUUACCCACCACCUGUGUUGAACUUCAAUCCUAAUCAACAGCUGCCAAUGUGGCCAACAAAUAAUGUAGAUGAGAAUAGCGAUGAACAGGAUAAUGAUUAUAGCAUAGAAAUGACAACCGUGGCAACGCAGCAGACAACGUCGGCGACCACAAGUCGCACAAAAUUAACACCCAUCAGCCAUCAUGAUACAACUUCAUCAUCAUCCAAGAAUUUAAGCAAGACUGAGUCAACAGCUACAACAAAUUCAUCAUCAAUCAAUGGUGGAAAACAGGAGAAGGAGGACACGAGCUCUAUAUCGCAUGCAACAAAUUCUACCACAAUAUUUUAUGGUUUCAGAACACAAAUGAUCCCUCUUGUUUUGACUGCUUGUGGGCUCUUUGUGGCAGCUGCUGUCAUCAUUGGAUUUCUAUAUCGCAAACGUUUGUGUGCUUUUGGUAAAACACUGAAGAAAAAAUCUAAAGAAGAAAUGGCCAAAAAGUCUAAUCAAAGCAAUUUAAGCAGUAGCAAUUUAACAGAUGACAGUCGAAAUUCAAUGGUUAUGCAACAUUGGAAUGGUCCAAUGGCUUAUGGCAAUCGUUAUGUUCCAUGGGAAAGAGAUCAACAGCCACAACAACAACAACUCCAUAUGCAACAGCAGCAACAAAUAAUGCAACAGUCUAUCGCAACAUCACAACUAUCAACAAGUGUUGCAAAUGGUGGCAUUGGAUCCAAUCAUCCUGCCUCGUUGGGAGGUGUUGUAGGUGGCCCUCCGUCUACGGCUGGCAAUGUAGCUGCUGGUAGCGGCGUUCUUGUUGGCGGCAUUCACACACAACAGGAAAAUUUCGAUGGAUGGGAAUUCCCAAGACAUCGAUUAAAGUUUUUCAAUAUAUUGGGUGAAGGUGCAUUCGGCCAAGUGUGGCGUUGUGAAGCAACUGACAUUGACGGAAGCGAAGGCGUUACAACCGUUGCAGUGAAAACAAUCAAAGAAAAUGCAACAGAAGUUGAGAAAAAAGACUUGCUAUCGGAAUUAGAGGUCAUGAAGUCAUUAGAGCCUCAUGUAAAUGUAGUACGAUUUUUGGGUUGUUGUACUGACAAGGAUCCAAUAUUUGUGAUUAUCGAAUACGUAAAUCGUGGUAAACUACAAACGUAUCUAAGAAGUUCAAGAGCUGAGCGGCACUACGGCAAUACACAUGGCAAAUCGAAUAUCCUGACGUCAGGUGACCUGACAUCAUUUAUGUAUCAAGUUGCGAAGGGAAUGGAUUAUCUAACAUCUCGAGGGAUCAUUCACAGAGAUUUAGCAGCUCGGAAUGUACUGAUUGCAGAUGAUCAUACAUGCAAAGUGGCAGACUUUGGAUUUGCACGUGAUGUAAUCACUUCCAAAGUUUAUGAACGUAAAAGUGAAGGAAAAUUGCCCAUCAGAUGGAUGGCAAUUGAAUCGCUUUACGAUAAUAUAUUUUCCGUAAAAUCUGAUAUUUGGAGUUUCGGUAUAUUGAUGUGGGAGAUUGUAACACUUGGAUCCACGCCAUAUCCUGGCAUUUCAGCUUCUGAUGUUAUGCGCAAAGUUCGUGAUGGUUAUCGAUUGGAGAAGCCGGAACAUUGCAGAAGAGAACUCUAUAACAUCAUGUACUACUGCUGGUCUCAGGAUCCCAACGAACGACCUUCAUUUGGAGAACUGGUAAAAAUGCUUGAUAAACUUCUGCAUACAGAAAUGGAUUACAUUGAAUUAGAAAGAUUUCCAGAUCACAAUUAUUACAAUAUUGUUAGUUUAAGCGGUGAAAAAGUCUAAAGUAUUCAUUCAAGUGAAUACAAAAAUUAAAAAAAA